GAAACUGUCUUUUUAAUGGUAUAUUGUAAACAAAAAUGGAGACCGAUAGUAAAGCAGAACAUGCCGUUGAAGAAGAGUUUGUACAACCCAAAGUAAAAUCAAGAAAAAGAACACAGCCAGAUAUGGAUACAAGUGAUAUUUCAAAUCCUUCAUCAAAGAGACCACAUUUCCAGCCAUUAAGAGCUGUAACUACUACAGCUUCCAAAGGAGAAAUUAGGAGAGUACCAGUUCCUCAACACAGAUACUCACCUCUACAAAAAGAUUGGCUCAAAAUAUUUACACCCAUUGUGGAGAAUCUAAAACUAAACAUAAGAUUUGUUUCCAAGAAGAGAGUUGUUGAAAUUAAGGCUGGGAAGGAGACAGAUGACAUUGGAGCUUUACAAAGAGCAGAGGAUUUUGUUAAAGCUUUUAUACUGGGCUUUGAAGUGGAUGAUGCGUUGGCACUACUUCGCUUGGAUCACCUUUAUUUAGAAAGUUUCGAUGUCACUGAUGUGAAACCUUUGAAGGGAGAUCAUCUUGCCAGAGCCAUUGGUCGCUUGGCGGGUAAAAAUGGAAAGACCAAGUUUACUAUUGAAAAUGUCACAACAACGAGAAUAGUUUUGGCUGACAGUAAAGUUCAUAUUCUUGGAUCUUAUCAAAACAUACAGAUUGCAAGGAGAGCAAUUUGUAAUUUAAUUCUUGACAAUGGAUGCUUCCAGACAAAUCACUGGUUUUGGUUUUUUCUUGAGUGGGCAGAAUCUGGUGUGACUAAACAAGCCAAUUCUUUGGAGGCAAAGAAGUGCACCCAGUAAAGUUUAUGGACAAAUGAGAACCAUUGCCUCAAGAGCAGCAAAUAGGUUUUAGUUGGGUUUUGGUUUUGUUUUUCAGCAAUAAAAUAAAGUUUGUACAUAAUA